AUGAUUGAUAACAUUCAGUAUUGGAAUUACCUUGCUCGCUGUGCUUCAGCAUUGAAGCAGGUCGAGCACAGACUAACAAACGAACAAAUUAUAUAUUUGAAUCAAUAUUACACAGUGAAAAAGACGCCGAGUGUAUCUGAAAUUCAAUUAAUAUGCGCAAAAUUUAACAUGAAAGGGAUUUGGUGGCUGGUUGAUAUAGAGUAUUGGUUUUGUGGACGUCGAUUGGCUGAAGAAGAGAUACAACAACGACGUAGAUUGGCAAAAAAAGCUGCAGCUUAA